AUGUCAUCACAAGCGGGACAAACCCCAAAACCGCUUUCUAUUAAAGAGGAACAAAAACUAGGGCAGCAGAAGACGCACGCGAUUGCGAGGGCGCAAAAGCAAGCAGCGAUGCAACAACAAACUGCACAGCAUAUGGGAGCCGGGAAUCAGAUGGGUUACCAGCAGAUGGGGAUGGGCCAGCCUUAUAACGACAUUCCCGCCACUGAUCCAAGCGACAUAGAUAUUCUCACUGGAAGAGGAGUCAAUGUACCGGACUUUUCAAUUGUUACCUCUCAAACCCGCUCGCCACUGUUCCUUCACCAUGGCAUGCUUGAUGCCAUAAAAAACGGCAAAGUCGAAAUUGUACGCUAUCUUCUGCAGUCUGGAACACCGAUUUCGCGAAAAGUCCCAGAGACUAUCCUCAGAGCCCCAGCGGAUCAACAAGUUGCUUUAUUUCAGCUUCUCACUGAAAAUGGCUGGACAGUCAAUUCGCUAGAGCGUCUCCUCCCAAGACUCAUUCAAACAAACAACGAACCUUUGCUUGACUGGUUCCUGGAGCAUGGCGCAGAUCCGAACAUUGGCGGUCCCGAAGGAGAUCCAGUCCAAGCUCUUAGAUUAGCAGCCUCACAGGGGACAGUUAAAUUAGUGCAGAAGCUUCUCAAUGGCGGAGCCAAGAUGACCAGCAACGGAUUGGGGUUAUUCUAUGCUCCAGGUGCUUGUCCAGCCGGUUUUAUUCCCCACACUGGACUUGUUCAACCCAGUGCUGAGUUUGACAAGUCUAGAAUACCCAUUAUGGCACUGUUAAUAGAAAAUGGCGCUGGUGUUAAUGGCAAACUUGAGACAAAGCACAUGACAGCGCAAUACCCCAUUGUAAAUGCUGUUAUGGCCGGUGCUUUUGAGAGAGUCAAGUGGCUGUUGAGCCAAGGCGCUGAUCCUGAUUUGCAGGGCCAGUACGGCAGUGCCAGAGACUACGCCAAGUUUAGGUCGAGCGAUGAAAUGAAACAGGUACUAGGAGUGAGUGUUACAUAG